AUUACAUGUUACAUCUACUAACUUUAUAUAGUAACAGUCACCGUAUUAAUCAUACAACACAAAAUCGUUAAGAACCACAGCGAAGCAUGUAAAUAAUAAUGUAACAACAGCCUGUUAUAUGAUUUUAUACAUAUAAAAAUAAAAUAAAAAUAGCAAAGGGAAGAGUAAAGAGGGAAUAUCAUAUCAAUGGCCGCCACACACAAUUCCCAAUUCUUUGACCAGCACUUGACUUUUCUUCCCAACACUAUUUUACUCAAACUCACCUGUUACCAUCCCACCUUCUUCAUUUCUUAAUCACAUGUGAUUAGCUUUGUUUUUACACAAAGGAAACCUAAUUUACUGCUCCUCACAUUGAGGGUUUUCUUCCUCCUUCCUCCCCAAAUCUCUCUCCAUGAUCGAUGUUUCAUAGCUCUGCAAUAUACUACCCCAUCUCUCUCCUUUCGAUUGAGGAUUCUUCUCACCAUUUGUAUAGAUCGUGGGUUUGAGCUCUGUCGGCGAUAUCUAAGCUUUGGCGCAAGACCUAUGCUUGAAAAACGUACUUGAGCUACAACUUCUUCGUUUCACUAAGCGUUUUUGCGAACUGAAGCAUCAUGGCACUUCGUCUUCCAGCUUCUAAAGCAGCAGAAGUGGCGAUAGGAUCGAUUGGCUGCGGUUAUGAUUUAGCUAUCGAUGUGCGGUUGAAAUAUUGCAAAGGAGGUUCAAAAGAAUCGCGGUUGCUUGACAUCAAAGACGGCGAUGACAGUUGCGAGAUUGUGUUACCUGGCGGAAUCUCAAUCCCUAAUGUUUCGAAGUGCAUCAAAUGCGACAAAGGGGAGCGCAUGCGGUUUAGGUCUGAUGUUCUCUCUUUCCAACAGAUGGCAGAGCAGUUCAACCAGGAACUAUCUUUGGCUGGUAAAAUCCCUUCGGGUCUCUUCAAUGCCAUGUUCGAAUUCUCGAGCUGUUGGCAGAAAGAUGCAGCCUACACGAAAAACCUUGCCUUUGAUGGGAUUUUUAUCUCGUUUUACACGGUUGCUUUGGACAAAUCUCAAAUGUUACUCCGCGAGCAUGUAAAGCAGGCCGUCCCUUCAUCAUGGGACCCUGCUGCAUUGGCAAGGUUUAUAGAUAUUUAUGGGACGCAUAUAAUAGUUGGUGUUAAGAUGGGAGGGAAAGAUGUGAUUUAUGCGAAACAGCAACACUCCUCGAAGCUUCAACCUGAUGAACUGCAGAAAAGGUUAAAAGAGGUGGCUGAUAAGAGGUUUGUGGAAGCUAGCGGGGUGCAUAAUAUGGCUUCAGAUCGAAUCAAUGCAACUAGUAAGCCUGAAACAAAGGAGCAACGCCUGAGAUUUGCAGAUACCAGCUCGCUGGGAUCUUAUGCAAAUAAAGAGGACAUUGUCUUCAUGUGCAAGAGGCGAGGUGGAAACGAUAAUAGAAAUAUGAUGCACAAUGAAUGGCUGCAAACAGUUCAGAUGGAGCCCGAUGCUGUCUCAAUGUCCUUUAUUCCAAUCACUUCUUUGCUUAAUGGAGUUCCAGGAAGUGGAUUCUUGAGCCACGCCAUAAAUCUGUAUCUAAGAUAUAAGCCACCGAUUACAGAGCUACAUCAGUUUCUAGAGUUUCAGCUACCAAGGCAGUGGGCUCCAGUGUUUAGUGAGCUUCCUCUUGGUCCGCAAAGGAAGCAACAAAGUUGUGCGUCUCUGCAAUUCAGUUUCUUUGGACCUAAGCUAUACGUGAAUACCACUCCGGUUGAUGUGGGCAAGAGGCCAAUCACCGGCAUGCGGCUCUACCUAGAGGGUAGAAGAAGCAACCGUUUGGCAAUUCAUUUGCAGCACCUCUCAUCUCUUCCCAAAAUAUAUCAGCUCGAAGAUGAUCCAAAUAAAAGCGUACGACAAGAGUCUCAUGAUCGUCGAUACUAUGAGAAAGUGAACUGGAAGAACUACUCUCACGUCUGCACAGCACCCGUGGAAUCAGAUGAUGAUCUCUCGGUAGUAACAGGUGCGCAGCUCCACGUAGAGAGCCACGGAUUCAAGAACGUGCUCUUCCUGCGCCUUUGUUUCUCCAAAGUAGUGGGAGCGACGAUCGUAAAGAACUCUGAGUGGGAUGAAGCGGUAGGCUUUGCUCCGAAGUCAGGGCUCAUCUCAACGCUCAUAAGCCAUCACUUCACCGCAGCGCAGAAACCACCACCACGACCUGCAGACGUGAAUAUAAACUCGGCUAUCUAUCCCGGGGGACCACCAGUGCCCGUGCAAGCUCCGAAGCUUUUGAAAUUUGUGGAUACGAGUGAGAUGACAAGAGGACCGCAAGAAUCACCAGGGUAUUGGGUUGUGUCUGGUGCAAGAUUGCUUGUGGAGAAAGGCAAAAUCUCAUUGAAGGUGAAGUAUUCACUAAUGACUGCGAUAAUGGAAGACGAAGUGAUAGAGGAAUCCUAUGAAGGUUGAGAGAGAGAGAUGAUGAUAUGGUGGUUUGUGUGUGUGUGUACAUUCUUCAGCCUUUUUUAUUGUAAUUUGUAACGUAACGGUGUGUGAUUGUGUGUGAUAGGAAUUGCAUGUCUUGUACAUUUCCUGUCUUUGGACAAUAGUGUUUUUGUUCGCAUGGCUAAUACUCCCAUCUUAAAAUCUUCUAAUACACGAUGAGUUGUCUUCAUGGAUAUACAUAUAUGGUUUCUUUCUUUAAAUUCAAGACUUUGUGAGUUAAAAGUUCA